CAAUAUUUGUCUCUUCUCUGAUCCUUCAAAUAAAUUCAAUUUUGACAAGCUAUUUUCCAAAUGAAGUUUCAACAAUAUUUUCAAAUUUCAUUCAUUAUCCUGUUACAACUAUCCAGUUCCUCUACCUUCAUUCAGGAUCUGGACAAAUCGAAUUUCAAAACAGUCAUAGCCGAUAACCCAUACAUUCUAGUAGAAUUUUAUGCUCCUUGGUGCCACUUCUGCAAAGAGUUUGCGCCCGAGUACGAGAAGGUAGCAAAGAUACUCCAGGAGAAGAAUGUGCCGAUACAAGUAGCCAAAGUUGAUGCCAUUUCAGAAAAAGACAUCGCCGAUGAGCAAGACAUUGGUUCAUAUCCGACAGUCAAGCUAUUCAAGAAUGGCUACUCGCUAAAUUAUCAUGGAGAAAGGCAGGCUGAAGAUAUUUUCAAGUGGUUGUUGAGAAACACAGAUCAAUAAUUUCAAUGAGGAAGGUAAAUGAUCUUAUGUUUUAUCUUGUUGUAGUUGGUUGAGGAAAUAAAAUAUGUUCACAUAUA